UCCAAAUUUCAAUUCAAUUCACACACUACAACACCCUCUUUCUUCUUCCCCAAAAUCUACUUCUACACUUCCAUUCCCAAAUUGCCCUCCAUAAACUCCCCAAAUUCCAAUGUUUGCAACCCUCUCCCUCUCUGCCUCAAACCCUCUCUCUUUCACCUCUCUUCCCAAAAUGCCCCUGCCUCGGCAGCGCCACCAGCUCAGGGUCUCCGCGGCUGGGGCUUUCACCGAGACCAGGCCGCGGUCCAAAGCCUCAACGAGUCUCUACGAGGUCCUCCGAGUCAACGACAACGCUUCUCAGACGGAGAUCAAGUCGGCGUACCGGAGCUUGGCCAAGCUCUACCAUCCCGACGCCUCGCCAUCGGAAUCGGACGGCCGAGAUUUCAUCGAGAUUCACAACGCCUACGCCACGCUGUCCGAUCCGGCGGCCAGGGCCAUGUACGACCUGUCGUUGAGUGCUCAUCUUCAGCAUCGUGUUCGUCGGAGAAGCUCGGUCGGGUUUCGACCAGAUGGGUUUUAUCCGACCCGGAGGUGGGAAACGGACCAGUGCUGGUAGAAAGAAAACGACCGUAGGGCCACUUUUUUUCUUUUUUCUUGUUUUGGUAGGCCGCAUUUAAUUUGUUUUUGUUUCUCUUUCUUGACAAGGAAAAAGAAAUUUUAGAAUCUGACGUGUAAAAAGGGAAAACAUGUAAUGUAGAGAAAAAUUCUGUAAAUGCUUAUCACUGCGACGUACGCCAAUAAAUUUUGAACUGAGUUUGUACUCAAAUGAAUUUU